CAUUGAAAUCUGGAUUACAGGGGAUUUGGUUCGUAUCAUUUCUCGUGUUGUAAGUUGAACAACAACGAGGAUUUGCGCCUCAAGUUUUGGCGACAGUUUUUGAAAUGGGUUACAUAGUCUUGGAUAUAUUAUGCAAAGUAUUAGCAUUAGAAGUUUUGCUGUGGAAUUCAGUAAGCAGCUUGGAGUUUACUGUUGAUGUACCAAAAAACAUUCGACAUAACGUAAAGGAAUCUAUGAUAUUGACUGCAGUCAGAGCGAACAUGCCACAAUCUAUUACAAUUCAAGUUGAAAUUACAUCAAAAUCAAACGAUGUCUUUUUUACCGAUCGCAUUUUACACCGGUUCACGAAGAACUACCAUACAUUUCACAUUCCGUUCAAAGUUUCCCCACCUUUUGAAGAAUGUCAAAAUUCUGAACUCGAGACGGACGAUUUAUGUUCAGUUACGCUAUCAAUCACUGUGUCCGAAACCUUCAUAAUGUUGUGGCUAGAAAGAGUUACUUUAAACGUUGUAAAAACUCCAGGAAGGAUCUUCAUUCAAACAGACAGACCAGUUUAUUUUCCCGGAGACGAAGCAUAUGUAAGAUUUAUGCCACUGACUGAUGAUUUUGUGCUGAUGAGAGAGAAGUCGUUACUAACAAUUGAGUCUCCUGGUGUAGGAGAAACAAGGAUGAUGUCGUGGCAGAAAUCACACACAUUCACGAAACAACCAUUCGUAAGAAAAUUCAAGAUCCCGCACGAUUCAUUGUUGGGGGAAUGGAAGAUAUCAGCAAAAUAUUCGAGUAAUACAACGACAGAUGAAGUUUUUCAAUCUACAUUCAACGUCGCAUACAAGAGCAUACCUUCGUUCAGAGUUAACGUUGAGUAUAUUGGUAACACAUUCAUACUUCCGGAAGACGAAGAAUUCGAGAUUAAAUUUUUAGCUAGGUCUUUUCACAAUAAGCCUAUAACCGGAAGUGGUCAAGUCCAAUUCGGUAUCGUUUCGAUUUCUGAUGAAGAUGACGUAACAAUGACACAUAUCAUUAACAACUUACGAUUGGUGGAUGGAGAAAGUAGAUUUACCAUACCAGUGUCUAGUUUACUUGGGGAACAAACUAUUUCUUCAGUAUCUGGUAAACGGCUUUUGGUAAUUGCUUCUGUAACUGAACAUGGAACAGGAGAAUCACAGACAAUUAGAGAGGAAAAGAUUGUAUUUUCAAUGGAGCCAUACAUAAUGAAAUUUGUGAAAGGAAGGCAAUUUUUCCAGCCGGGAGUCCCGGUCUUAACUAACGUACAACUAAACUAUCCGGAUGGUACUUUGUCAAUUGGUGUCGAUGUAGAGUUUGUUAUAUCUUCUGUUGACAUAUUUGGAAUAGAAACUGAACUACACAGAGUAACCUCAGAGACUUGUGACCUUGGCACUGCAAUGACUCGGACGACACAAGUUACACAAAGUGAAACAACCACAGCAAUAAAAGUAACAACAUCUGCGAGAUUCACCGGACACAAUGGACACGUUUACGUGACGACAAAAUCGGAACUAUUGAGUGCUCGUAAACCCGAAUCGACUGAAUAUAUUCACAUAGAGGCACCACAAGAACGUCUUCAAAUCGACACAAGCGCAGUUAUUCAAGUUUACAUAAAGGCGUCAUCCGCCGACAGACUGAUUCAUUAUUACAUCACAAAAAAUGGAAAAUUCUUGGUUCAACAGUCGGCAACCGUAGGAAGAGGAGAAUCGGAUAUUCUAAUUCAUUUGCCCAUAAUAUCGUCAAUGUCUCCUGCUAUAACUAUGACUGUAUACUACUUCACUCAAAAUUUUCAAGACAUCGUAGAAGAUCGAACUGUUUUGUAUAUUGAGAAAGCUUGCUAUGGAAACACGCCAGAAGUGUUUUUGAAUGAUCCUGGUGGACAAUAUCCACGCCCUGGAGCACAAUUAAAUUUGGAAGUGACAGGCGACCCAGAGUCUAUUAUCAGCAUGGUUGGAAGAGACCAAGCCGUAAAUUCGUUCGAUGUCGCUUCUAAAAGAGAAACAGCCGAAGAUCUCGAACAAAUCAGAUAUUCUUCAUCGGACGUUUGCAAACACGGUCGGCAAUAUUUUGGGUCAAUCCAUAUGAACAGUUUUUCGGUGUGUGAUGAUGUAGCAACAAGACGCAAACGAAGUUUUGGUGAUAAAACAAUGGAAGCUCCAAUGCUACGAUCAAGGUAUCCAAUGUACAAGAACAACUUUCCUGUGCGAGAAGAUGACACUAAAAGAUCUAAACGAAGUAUUGUCGACAAGGCUAUUGGAGCGUCUAUCUUAACUUUAGCCUACAAGUACUCAGGAGCAAUGUUUGAGUGUUGUAUUGUUGGGGCUCGAGAUUUGUCGUCUGUAUAUCAUACACCAACAAACACAACAUGCCAUGAACGUCAACACCGCGUUCAUGUUGGCCAUUUCUGUCGACAUACUUUCUUGAAAUGUUGCUUAAUAGCUGAAUGCUUGAGGACUACCGACGAUAGCUUGGAAGAUUGCAUGCACAGUCGUGAUAAAGUUACUGAUUCCUUUUUACGAUCGGUGACUCCAACGUUCUCGCCGUUCACUCAAGAAAUGAAAACAUCCUUCAUGGUGGAAAAAUCUGUUGUACUUCGACGUAAAGAUUUUAAUCCAACUUGGUUUUUCGUUGACUUUCAGAUGGGUCAGAGUGGAAGAAAAAUACUCGAAAACGCAUCCAUGCCGAGCAUCCCGGUUCUUCCAGACAGGAUAACAACAUGGAAAGUCGAUGUCGUCGGCUCAUCAGCAGAUAAACCAUUAUGUGUUGGUAUUCCACUCGAAUUGCCGGUUGAACACAAUGUUUACAUUGACGUUAGAAUAAAUGAAGAACCUGUAGUUGUUGGAACGCAAGUAUCUGCUGAAGUUACAAUAUAUAACCAUAUCGAAGAGGAAGUCGAGGCGAAUCUCUAUCUUGAACGUGAUGAAGCCUUGUGUAGUAAAGCUACACUACAUAAAGGAUCAGACGGAUCACAGUAUACUUUGCACCCAGCGUCCGGAAACAACCCAACAACAAAAACGGCUCGUUACGUCAUGAUACCAUUACGAAGUGGAAAUGUAAAAAUUAAGUUCAAACUUCUGGCAAGAUAUGGCGGGUCAUCGCAGCCUAAAGUUGAUCUAGUUGAGAAAACGUUGAAAGUUCUUCCAGAAGGCGAACAUAAACGAGACGUUUCUUGGGUUCUUGUUGACUCAAAUCCCAAAGGAUAUGCUCUGGGACGGAAUCGGAAGAAAAAGAAAAGCCUUCUGCUGAACAUUCCUGAUAAUGUUAUACCAGGAUCCGAAGAGGUUACAAUGUCAGUGCACAGCAUUCCAUCUGCAUCAAUGGAUAAUCCUCAUAAACCAGCCGCCGAAUCCAUUACUAUUCAAGAUAUAUUGUAUCAACUGCACCCAGCAUUGUCAAAAUUACAAUUUCUGAGGAAUAUUGGCGCGAUAAAGACUAGAUAUGAAGACAAGUUAAUGGAGACAAUUCAAGAAUCAUAUGAUGGUUUACUUGGAUAUUUGAGAUACGUCAAAGUUAAAAAACUCGGAUUCAGUGUAUCCGAUGAUUACGAGCACUUCGGUUUUUCUUAUUCUCCCGUGACGACAUCGACUCCAUCAAUGCACCUAACUUCAACUGUAUUUGAGCUAUUAUAUAAAAUGAAAGAAUUUAUUGAAAUUGAUACGAAAAUGUUGGGUGGUUCCUUGCAUUGGAUUCUACGUCACCAAGUACCACUGGGUUAUUUCAGAACAAGCACUGCUGUUGAACUUAAUGAAAAAGAAUCAAUAAGAAGGAGCAAACGACAAAAUGCUGCUAAAGCACAGGAUCGGUUACUGAUGUCUACAUCCGAUAAAAGGAUCUAUAUCACAAGUACAGUGUUGUUAAAUUUGCUAUCAGUUAAAGAAAUUAUGGAAAAUCAUCCUGAAUUUAAUAGAGAUGAUUCUGAUUACAUUAGCAUAGAUGUGGCGAUCUUAAACGGAAAAAUAUAUCUGAGAAGAAAAAUAACAAAGAUUAUUCAACAUUCGCGCCAAUGGAGCGCUGUCGCCUUCUCAGCAGCAGCUGAAAUUUUAAAGCGUCUUGGCGACAGAGUUUCUUUCAAGGCAGCGUCUAGAGCAAAACUAUGGAAAAGAACAAGAUCGACCACAAAUGAUGCCAACACGGACGUCGCGUGGAUUCAAAAUCAACGAUACAAUCCUUUGAAACGAGUGCUGGAUGAGAGAGACGUUGAAACGAAUCACAUUGUUGCAACUUCUCACAUGCUGCGACAUGCUAUAUUGCAAGGAUCCAAGACUGACGAAUACGCAAACUGGUUAAUACAGCAAAGAAAUAAUGACGGAUACUGGACUUCUUUUCGAGCAAAUAUGGCCGCGAUGGAAGCUUUAAGACAAUACACUUUACACGCUAACACUGCUAGCAAUAUGGGACAGUUGGCAAUCCAAUUGGAUGACCUGGCAAAUUCAACAAUUGAAAUAAACGGCCACGACACAGGAGAUAAUAUUGCACAAAUGAAAUUGAAUGUUGCCACACCGAGCAUUGGCUACAGCACCAAUGGACAUGGAAAAGCCUGGGUGAAGAUUGAUUCAUCUUACCGCACAGUCGAUGCUGCAGUAAAAUCAAACAAAGUCAAAAUGAGUCCUGUCAAGUCAAUAAAAUCCCAAAAACCACUAUCUUGUAUUUAUGAUGUUGUUGUGGGACUACAAGAAUCGAUCAGCACAUUUUUGAUACUGCAAUCACGGUCUUCCAAUCCUGGUCGUCUAGCUUGGGAUGCAAAGUUGUCAGUCAAAAUCAACGAACUUUAUACUUCGAAUGAGGAUUUUCAAUCUUACGUUGUUGAGUUUGGUCUGCCUAUAGGAUCUCAUGCUUUCGAAAGUGAUUUACAAAAACUAUCAAAUCCAGUAGAACACAUCAUAGACCAUUAUCGCUUGACUGGUAGAUCCGUCUUCCUGUAUAUAACCGGAGACAAAGAUAUAUCAUUUCGGAUAUCAGACACUUACAUAAAGGACGAGCCGAUUCCAUUAAAAAUUUAUCCUGUUUCAGCACCAGAAAAAUUCUGUAGAAAGUUUUACAACUUUCCUGGAUUGCCGUCACAAAUUGUAACUUUUUGUUCCGAUCAAGUAUCAUCUGCUAGUGAACUCUGUGCAUGUGCGAAAGGAAAAACAUGUCCUACCCUAAUUAAAUCGAAAAAAACUAUCAAGACUACACUUGAUAAAAGAAAAGAACUGACAUGUGGACACAAAAGCACUUUUGCUUAUAAAGUGCAAUUCACAAAGAAAUCAACGAUAGAUAAAAACUGGUAUCAGUACGAGGGAGUCAUAAAGUCGAUAUAUCGUAACGCUGAUGGCACAAACAAAGAAAUCCGUACGUCAACCACUCACGUAUUUUGGACAAAACGAAUAUGUAAAAAUAUUCCAGUUCGCAAAGAUUAUUUAAUCAUCGGACAUGCAAUGCUGCCAACAAGCAAUGGAAAAUACAAACACCUUUUGGACGCAAACACUUGGAUUGAACUAUGGCCGAACAAUCCUGGCAAUUGUGGGAGAAGCAGCUCUAACACAUGUAAAGCUUUCAACAAAGUUGACGAAUACGAAUAUGCAAUGACUGUUCGACCCUGUGUUGUGCAUUAAUAAAAAGGCCUUAUCCAAGGGUAGACAGACAUGUAUUUUGAUGAUACCAGUAUUAGUGUUCAGCAUAGCAAUCGAUCGUGACUUCAAAUUAAGAGGUCAAAGUUCAUCUGAUUCGCCAUUGAAACAAAUCAAAACUUGACAAUCUAUUGUGCUGAUUUCUAUGAAAGUCCUUUAGUUUAUAAGAACGUAUAAAUCAGCGUGUUCAAGUCUUUAUAUUAAGCGAAUGUACUUAUUUAGAUUGUUCUUGUCAUUACUUGCUUUUGUACUUUUAGAUGGAAAAAUAAUUCAAUAAAUAUUCAUCUCAUA